CUGUGACCUUCUCUGACCAAAGGAGCCGUAAUAAGGAAGCCAGGACACCUGGAAGUGGGGAAAUGGUGCAUGUGCGGGGCCUGGAGUUCCUAGACUUGGAGGAGGGUCUGGUUAGAACCGGCCGGAUCCAGCUGUGGAGAUGUUUCAGGACUCAGUGGUCUUUGAGGAUGUGGCUGUGAACUUCACCCAGGAGGAGUGGGCUUUGCUGGGUCCCUCUCAGAAGAAACUCUACAGAGAUGUGAUGCAAGAAACCUUUGUUAACUUGGCCUCUAUAGGGGAAAACUGGGAGGACAAGAACAUUGAAGAUCACAGAAACCAGGGGAGAAAGCUAAGAAGUCAUACUGUAGAGAGGCUCUGUGAAAGGAAAGAAGGUAAUCAGCUUGGAGAAGCCAUCAGUCAGACUCCAAAUCCUAAAACAAACAGGAAAACCUUUACUAGAGUAAAACCAUAUGAAUGCAGUGUGUGUGGAAAAGACUAUAUGUGUCAUUCAUCUCUUAAUAGGCACAUGAGAUCUCACAGUGAACAUAGAUCAUACGAGUAUCAAAAAUAUGGAGAGAAAUCAUAUGAAUGUAAGGAAUGUGGGAAAAGAUUCAGCUUUCGAAGUUCAUUUCGAAUACAUGAAAGAACUCACACUGGAGAGAAACCCUAUAAAUGUAAACAGUGUGGCAAGGCUUUCAGUUGGCCCAGUUCCUUUCAAAUACAUGAGAGAACUCAUACUGGAGAAAAACCUUAUGAAUGUAAGGAAUGUGGGAAAGCCUUCAUUUAUCAUACAACCUUUCGAGGACACAUGAGAAUGCACACAGGAGAGAAACCCUAUAAGUGUAAAGAAUGUGGGAAAACUUUCAGUCAUCCCAGUUCAUUUAGAAACCAUGAAAGAACUCACUCUGGAGAGAAACCCUAUGAAUGUAAACAAUGUGGAAAAGCUUUCAGAUAUUACCAAACUUUUCAAAUACAUGAAAGGACUCACACUGGGGAAAAACCCUAUCAAUGUAAGCAAUGUGGUAAAGCUCUUAGUUGUCCCACAUCCUUUCGAAGUCAUGAAAGGAUUCACACUGGAGAAAAACCCUAUAAAUGUAAAAAAUGUGGCAAAGCCUUCAGUUUUCCUAGUUCCUUUCGAAAACAUGAAAGAAUUCAUACAGGAGAGAAACCCUAUGAUUGUAAAGAAUGUGGGAAAGCAUUCAUUUCUCUUCCAAGCUAUCGAAGACAUAUGAUAAUGCACACUGGAAAUGGACCUUAUAAAUGUAAGGAAUGUGGGAAAGCCUUUGAUUGUCCUAGUUCCUUUCAAAUCCAUGAACGAACUCACACUGGAGAGAAACCCUAUGAAUGUAAACAGUGUGGUAAAGCCUUCAGUUGUUCCAGUUCCUUUAGAAUGCAUGAAAGGACUCACACUGGAGAGAAACCCCAUGAAUGUAAACAAUGUGGUAAAGCCUUCAGUUGUUCCAGUUCUGUUCGAAUACAUGAAAGGACUCACACUGGAGAGAAACCCUAUGAAUGUAAGCAAUGUGGGAAAGCCUUCAGUUGUUCCAGUUCUUUUCGCAUGCAUGAAAGAAUUCACACUGGAGAGAAACCCUAUGAAUGUAAACAGUGUGGUAAAGCCUUUAGUUUUUCCAGUUCCUUUCGGAUGCAUGAAAGGACUCACACUGGAGAGAAACCCUAUGAAUGUAAACAGUGCGGUAAAGCCUUCAGUUGUUCCAGUUCCUUUAGAAUGCAUGAAAGGACUCACACUGGAGAGAAACCCUAUGAAUGUAAACAGUGUGGUAAGGCGUUUAGUUGUUCCAGUUCCAUUCGAAUACAUGAAAGGACUCACACUGGAGAGAAACCUUAUGAGUGUAAACAAUGUGGUAAGGCCUUCAGUUGUUCUAGUUCUGUUCGAAUGCAUGAAAGGACACACACUGGAGUGAAACCUUAUGAAUGUAAACAGUGUGAUAAAGCCUUCAGUUGCUCGCGUUCCUUUAGAAUCCAUGAACGAACUCACACUGGUGAGAAACCCUAUGCAUGUCAACAAUGUGGUAAAGCCUUCAAGUGUUCCCGUUCCUUUCGAGUACAUGAAAGAGUUCAUACCGGAGAGUAAGCCUAUGUAUGUAAGCAAUGCGGCAAAGUUUUCAGUUGUCCCAUUUCCUUUUUUGUUGUUGUUGAGAUGAAGUCUCACUCUGGUGCCCUGGAUGGAGUGCAGUAGUGUGAUCUCAGCUUACUGCAACCUCUGCCUCCUGGGUUCAGGCAAUUCUCCUGCUUCAGCCUCCUGAGUAGCUGGGACUACAGGUGUGAACCACCAUGCCCAGCUGAUUUUUGUAUUUUUAGUAGAGAUGGGGUUUUGCCACAUUGGCCAGGCUGGUCUCAAACUCCUGACCUCAGACGAUCCACCCACCUCGUCUUCCCAAAGUGUUGGGAUUAAGAUAUGAGCCACCACCCCCGGCCCCCAUUUCCUUUUGAAGACAUGAAAUUAUUCAUAUUUCAGAGAAACCCUAUGAAUAAAUGUAAGACAUGGGAAUAUCUUCAAUUCUCUAGGUGUGAAUAUGGGGAAGCAUUCAUACUGGACAGAAAACCCUGUGAAUGUAGGCAGUAUGGAAAAGCCUUCAAUGGUCAUAUGACUAUUUGAGGACCAUGAGAAGGCAUGUGAAAUGUAAGGAAUUUUCAUAUGCCCUGUAAACGUAAAGAAUUUAUAACCUUAAAAAUGUAAAGAAUGUGGAAAACCCUAUAAAUGUAAAGGAUGUGGAAAACCUUUAUUUGUCUCAGUUUACUUGGAAACCGUGAACAAACUCUUACUGGAAAGCAACUUCUUGAAUAUAGGCAUUGUGAGAAAGCCUUCAGUUUGACCCAUGUACUUAUAUGUGAGAAUGCAGACUGGAUAGAAAUCCUAUAAAAAUGAGAAAUAACAAUGUUUUGAAUUUUAACAAAUGCUCAUGUGAAUACUCCCUUAUGUGUGAAACUUCAGAUUUGUAUUGAAACUCCCAAUAGGGAGGUACUAUGUAAAUGUAGAUAAUAUGGGAAAGCCUGAUGCAAAUUAAUUCAUGUAUAUUGUUCUAGAAAAUUCACACGACAGAAAUGGUAUAAAACUUAUAAAUGUAUUAUCAGUUAUUCUGAGUGGAUCUCUGAACUAUGGAUUUCUAUUUAUUACUUUCACAAAAGAAUAUUGAGAUGAGAUAAUUCUGUAAGCUCUUAAACAGUUGUAUUGAUAGUAUUUUUUCAUUAAAUAAGUUACUGAAAUUUUGUCUUCCCAUAUUGAAGUCUGUUAGAUUCAUGAGUGAAUUGAAAUGUAUUUGUAAUAAGCUAGUAGUAUUGAUUUUUAUUUUAUUUUAUUUUAUUUUUUGAGACGGAGUUUCGCUCUUGUUACCCAGGCUGGAGUGCAAUGGCACGAUCUUGGCUCACCGCAACCUCCACCUCCUGGGUUCAGGCAAUUCUCCUGCCUCAGCCUCCUGAGUAGCUGGGAUUACAGGCACGUGCCACCGUGCCAAGCUAAUUUUUUGUAUUUUUCGUAGAGAUGGGGUUUCACCAUGUUGACCAGGAUGGUCUAGAUCUCUCGACCUCGUGAUCCACCCGCUUCGGCCUCCCAAAGUGCUGGGAUUACAGGCGUGAGCCACCGCACCCGGCCUUGAUUUUUAUAUAUAUUUUUUAGUUGUGCUGUAAGGGGCCAUCAAAAAAUAACAAUUUGAUAAUCUUUAGCAUUUCCUACUGGCCUUAUGUGGCAGGUACUAGAUAUCAUUAUAUGUAUUUCAUCUUUCUUCCUGACCAAAAGAAGCAUUUUUAGAGGAGGGCAGAGUAUCCUUUUUUCUAUUUUUUCAUGAUAAGAAAUAAUCAUAAUAAAUUUUUGAGUAUGCAAAAUUUAUCAUAUAGUAGACUCUCUCAUUGGAAUUAUUAUUUUCAUCUACUGUUCUUUGCUAUUUGUAAUUCCUUCUGGCUGUGAUUUGGAUAAUAGACUUUGCAAUAAUAAGAGAGACCUGAGACAGGACCAUAUAUAUAUGGUUCUAUAGCUGGAAAUGGCUGUCCUGGAUUGUGUUAACAUGAGUAAUGUUUUGACCUAUGUUUUCUAUUUCCUUUUAUGGCUCCAUAUAUAAUUCACUAAUAGCCUACUUGCAGGAGAUAUGGAAGGCAGAAGUGAAGAAAGCAUUAGUCAGGUUUUAUAGCCACUGUAUGUGGAGACAGAUGGAUGCAUGGGAGCUUCAGGGACACCUGUUUCCACCACAUUUUCCCGAUCCUUUGCCCUGCUGAUUGAGAGUAUUCUUAGAACCACCGCUAACUGCUUGACUGCCAUAUUUUCUUUUUUCUUUUUAAUUUUUUUCUUCUUAUUUUUUUGAGACGGAGUUUCGCUCUUGUUAACCAGGCUGUAGUGCAAUGGCGCAAUCUCGGCUCACUGCAACCUCCGCCUCCUGGGUUCAGGCAAUUCUCCCGACUCAGCCUCCUGAGUAGGUGGGAUUACAGGCACGUGCCACCAUGCCAAGCUAAUUUUUUGUAUUUUUAGUAGAGACGGGGUUUCACCAUGUUGACCAGGAUGGUCUUGAUAUCUGGACCUCGUGAUCCACCCACCUUGGCCUUCCAAAGUGCUGGGAUUACAGGCGUGAGUCACUGUGCCCCACCUAUUUUUUUAUUUUUAUUUUUUUAAAGAUGGGGUUUCACCGUGUUGGUCAGGCUGGUCUUGAACUCCCAACCUCAGGUGAUCCGCCCACCUUGGCCUCCAAAGUGCUUGGAUUACAGGCAUGAGCCACCACGCCCAGCCAACUGCUGUAUUUUCUUUCUUUUUUUUCUGAGAUGGAGUCUUGCUCUGUUGCCCAGGCUGGGGUGCAGUGACACAAUCUUGCCUCACUGCAACCUCUGCCUCCCAGGUUCAAGCAGUUGUCCUGUCUCCUCCCAAGUAGCUGGGAUUCUAGGCGCCUGCCACCAUGCCCAGCUAAAUUUUUUUGUAUUUUUAGUAGAUACAGGGUUUCACCAUGUUGGCCUGGCUGGUCUCAAACUCCUGACCUCGUGAUCCGUCCACCUUCGCCUCCUAAAAGGCUGAGAUUACAGGUGUGAGCCACUGUGCCUGGCCCCAACUGCCAUAUUUUCAAAGACUUGGUUUUCCACAGAAUGCCUCCAAAAUUUCUCAGAUAUGCACUGCAGUUUGGAUUUUCCUAGAAACUCUAAUGUGUCCACCAGGCAACUAUUUAGACUCUUAAGGUUGGGAAUAUUCUCUGAUGCUCUGACUCACCUCAUCUCUAGGUUGAAUUUAUCAAAGGUAUAUGUAAUAAACACCAUGUUUUGUUUACAGUACCAGUGACUAUAUGUUUCUGAUUCCACCAAGACAACUACAGUGGUGAAUUCAAAAAGAACUGCAUGGGUGUUUGUUCCUCUACUGCACUGCACAUGAAUGCACUUACCCAGUCCUGCAGCGUAAGAAUAAGCACCUUCCUAACUGUCGGUGUUUUAUUACAGGUGAAUGUAAUCUCAUUAUACUUUCAGUUUUGUUUCAUUGUAUGUGAUUAAAAACUAUGUCUGUUUUUAUUGAACAAAAGCUUUCGUAGAUAUUUCUUAGAAAUAUUUUAUUAACUGUUUUAAAAUAACUUGUAUGCUAUCAAUUGUCUCUUGUGCAAGUAUAUAUUAAAUAUUCCAUUGCAAUUAUAGAUUUUCAGAUUAAGUUUUUAAGUUUAUUGAGUUAAUCCUCAUAUAUUCUGAGUCAAUAUUAUGUGCAUAUAAGGUCAAGUAUUUUCCUUAGGAAUUUAUUUUUUAUUUUUCACCACUGUACCAGUGCAUCCUUAGGAAUUAAAACAAUUUUUUUGAGACAAGAGUCUCACUCUGUCACCAGGCUAGAGUGCAAUGGUGCAAUCUCAGCUCACUGCAACCUCUGCCUCCCGGGUUCAAGUGAUUCUCCUGCCUCAGCCUCCCAAGUAGCUGGGACUACAGGCAUGUGCCUCCAUAUCCAGCUAAUUUUUAUAUUUUUAGUAGAGAUGGGGUUUCACCAUGUUGGCCAGGAUGGUGUUGAUCUCUUGACCUUGUGAUCCACCUGCCUCGGCCUCCCAAAGUGCUGGGAUUAUAGGUGUGAGCCACUGCCCCUGGCUAGGAAUUUUUAAUUUUUUAUUCUUAAUAUAGUUAUUACUUUUUCCCACAAAACCAAUUUCUCAUGCAUUAGUAAUACCAAAGGCUUAAAUCAUGGUGGUUUCAGUGCCUUUUUUCCAAAGAUCACCAGGAUCACACCUGUUGUCAGGAGAGGAGUGAUGGCCGGGCGUGGUGGCUCAUACCUGUAAUCCCAGUGCUUCAGGAGGCCUAAGUGGGCAGAUCAUGAGGUCAGGAGUUUCAGACCAGCCUGACCAACAUGGUAAAACCCUGUCUCUACUAAAAGUACAAAAAUUAGCUGGGCGUGGUAGUGUGCUCCUAUCAUCCUAGCUACUCAGAAGGCUGAGCUAGAGAAUUGCUUAAACUCGGGAGGCAGAGGUUGCCAUGAGCCAAGGUCACAUCACUGCACUCCAGCCCGGGUGACAGAGCAAGACUCCAUCUCAAAAAAAAAAGAGGGUGCUUAAAAGGACUUAUUUUUGGAUUUGGAUUUUUGUUAGGUGACUUGAUUGCUAAUCCCCAAACUGAGACUUCUGUGUGUUGCAUGCUGUGAGAUGAACUGAAUUGUAUCACUGGUACUCGUAAUUCUUAUCUAGAGGCAGGAAGAAUGAAGUAGAGCUAAACCGAAUUCCUAGGAAACCACUCACUGAGAUUAGUGAAUAGAGGGCAAUUUUGGUCAUUUUAAUGGCUUCAACUCUGUUCUCUUUUAUCAUUUUUAGAGUCAUGGUUACAGAAUGUCCUUGUUUUUGUUUUGAUCCAUCAUGGUUGCUCAGUAGCUUUGUCUGAUGAAGGAAGUGUGACAUUUUUCCUUUCAACAGGAUAAGACUUGGCUUUACCUGAGUGUGAGGUCAGAUCCUAGUCCUGUGGAACUGGUCUUAACCUUUAUUAUCUAAGCAUAGAAAUAUUUCUUAUGGUGUAUUGGUGAAUGUUUUCAACGAAAUAUCUCAGUUAAAAUAUGUAAGUUCACUUAGUCUUUAGCAAACUAUAUAAUACUUUCUUUUCCUCCUUUGUGUACUAACAGAGUCCUGUAAGUGUAGAUAAGUUUUCAGAGACCACAAAUCUAGCAAGGUACAAAGACAGAAUCACUGUUAAAUCAAGCCAUCUUGCUCUUCAUGCCAAUUUUUUUUAACAGCUCUCAUAGACCUGGCAUUGUAGUUUCAAAACAUACACAGUUCAGCAAAAAUGAUAAAGACAUUCUAGGCUUUGGGUACAGAAACAUGAAACAAGUUCUUGCCUUCCUGAUGCUUAUAAUUAUGGGAAAAGAGAGACGGUAACAAAAGGUAAGGAUUUGGUUUUUAAGAUGCAAUUAAGAUCUCUGAAGGAAGGGCUGGGCGCAGUGGUUCACGCCUGUAAUCCCAGCACUUUGGAAAGCUGAGGUGGGCAGAUCACUUGAGGUCAGGAGGUUGAGACCAGCCUGACCAACAUGCGAAACCCUGUCUCAACUAAAAAUACAAAAAUUAGCUGGGCACGGUGGUGGGUGCCUGUAAUCCCAACUACUCGGGAGGCUUAGGCAGGAGAAUUGCUUGAUCCCGGGAAGCAGGGAUUGCAGUGAGCCAAGAUUGUGCCAUUGCACUCCAGCCUGGGUGACAAAGUGAGACAGACUCCAUCUCAGAAAAAAAAAAAAAAAAAGAUCUUUGAAGGAAAUGAAAUAACAACCAGCUUGUGAGAUUAAUAGAGAAGCUAUGGUUGUGUUGGUUUGAUACCUUAGCUUUGGAAGGUAGGGACCUCCAUGAGUGAGAAUGUUGUCAGUGAUCAUUUGUUUCCAUUAUCUAACUUAUCUUAAACACUCAGGAACUGCUCAGGUUUGAUGUAUACUGGGGAACAAUACAGUCCUACAUCCCUGGGAUGAGCAGUAAGGAUUCCCCAUAAACAAAGGCAGAGAUACGGUUCAUCUUUAUUUUUAUAAUUGAUAAAAAUUUUGAGACAUGUGAAGUGUGAUCAUGAGUUUGGACAUGAGUAUUUUGGAUUUGAGAUUUCCUAUUGAUUUGGGCCACAGGUGUUGGUGAUGUUUACAUGUCUGUUUAAUGUCAUUUAAGGAUUCUUAAAUUGCCUUGGAUAUUUGGCAUGAUUAUUUUGCUGUUGUACAGAUUGAGAGACCCAAUAUGCACCACCCAAAAGAUGUGUGGAUCUGAUGGCAGUUUUCAAGGAAUAAUGGAGUCCGUAUCCAGGAGGAAGAAGGAGGAAGUCUUAUUGAGUACCGGCAGGAAAUUCCGCUUAAGCGAAAAUAUCCCCCUGGGAGGGUUCAGGUCACAGUGCAGGAAGGAAGACCACUCUGCCAGCGACUGUGUCAGGAACUUGUUCAUCCGGCUCCACUCAGCUGUGCAAGAUCGCUUCAUCUGUCAAUCAGUCCGCAGGGGGGCGUGACCUGACGCUCUAUCCAAUCAGGACCAUGGAGCGGGGUCGUGGGAGCUGUCAAUCAAGCGCGCUGCCUAGAGGAGGGUGUGUGGUUGAAAAAGCCCGCGGCGUGUUCUCCACCCACCUGCGGUAGGCUCCGGUCUCCGUCGCUGAGAGACGACCUGGAAAGUCUGUGGCAGCCUUUGUCGCCCUGGAGCCGGUAUUGGCAGCGGGAGCCGUUGGGAGGACCUGGGACACCGCGGAAGUCGGGAAAUGGACUCAGUUGCCUUUGAGGAUGUGACUGGGAAGAGUGGACUUUGCUGGGUCCUUGCCGGAAGAAUCUCUACAAAGAUGUGAUGCAGGAAACCAUCAGGAACCUGGACUGUGAGUGAAAUGGGAAGACCAGAUCAUUGAAGAUCAAUACGAAAGUCCCAAGAGAAAUGUAAUUUGCUGCCACAGAAGAAAGAUAUGUCUCUGGAGUCAUUCUUCAAAUGAUAGGAAAUUGUACAAAGAAGCAAAGAAAAUGAACAAGCCCAGCUUAAAUUUAUUUAAUUUAGAACAUUUUCGCCAAAGGUAUAUACUUGUUUCUUAGCUAUUCAAGUGUUUGCAUAAUAGUUUCCAUGGAAGCAACAUUAAGAAUCCCCACAUUGCUGGGUGCGGUGGCUCACACCUGUAAUCCCAGCACUUUAGAAGGCUGAGGUGGGUGGACCACGAGGUCAGGAGUUUGAGACCAGCCUCACCAACAUGGUGAAACCCCAUCUCUACGCUCUACUAAAAAUACAAAAAUUAGCUGGGCGUGGUGGUGCACGCCUGUAAUCCCAGCUACUCAGGAGGCUGAGGCAGGAGAAUUGCCUGAACUUGGGAGGCAGAGUUUGCAGUGAGCUGAGAUCAUGCCAUUGCACUCCAGCCUGGGCAACAGAGUGAGACUCUGUCUCAAAAAUAAAACAGAACAAGCAAACAAAAAAACAAGAACAAGAUUAGUAGGCUCUAACUUCUGGAUUUCAAAACGUACUGCAAAUCUAUGCUAAUAAAAUGUUUGGUACUAGCAUAAUGACACAGAAGUAGACCAGUGCAACAAAAUAAACAGCACAGAAAUAUGCCUUUGCAA